GGCACUACUAUCGGACGUGGAAGGCGCGUCGGUGGCUGAAACGCGCCCUCAUAACCAGUUCCGCUUUUCAUCAUGGUAUCCGCUCUUCUCAUAGAUGCUAUCAACAAUCCUACAAAAGUAGUCCAAGAACUUUAUGAAGAGCACUACUGGAAAUGUUGAUGAGUUCCCUGCUGUCGUCGCUCGCCAUUUCGCAGAUGUCUUCUUAAAAUCCGAUGAUACGCUUCGCGAGGUCCUUCCGUUGGAUUUAAACCAUCCCCCUGAAUCAUUUACAGACAGAUCUUUGGUGCGCUUUCAUGGUAUGGUGCAGGACACUUCAUCAUCGCCAGAGAUGUAUCUGGCGAGCCUGAGCGAAAAUAAAUGUGGUGGUUGGGGGAUCUCGCAGAAUAUGCCAGCUAGUGAAUGGCCCUCGAGUUUUGAUUAUUGUGACCUCAAAGAAGCCACUGCUUUGUGGGCGGUCACGGUGCCAGGGCAAACUACUUGGAGAACUGAAGCACUGACUUCCCAAUCGCAUUCUACUAGCUCUUCUAGUCAAAACCCACCUCGACCUCAUAAGUUUCCUGUACCAAAUGCGCCGCAUAUCGGAGUUCAAGUCAAGAUUUAUGAUAACGAAGCCGCUCAAUCACUCAAAGCUACUGACGUCGUAACGUUUAUUGGAAUUCUGACGUCCGAGUCUCUCGAUCCAGAAUCAGAAGCAGCUUCUUCCCCCAUGGUCCCAUCGCUUCAUGUUCUGUGCCACAAAUUGCAAUCUACAGGCGAUACCCCGCCCGCAAAAGAGUUAACGACUACUCGAGAUGAUCUCAUCAAAUGGAUUGCCGACGAAGCCCUCGGAGGCGAUGAGGUCGCAGCGCAGUGGCUGGUUCUCGAACUUUGUGCAAAAGUGUACAUUCGGGCCACACCACUCCUGCUACCGUCACUCACUUUGUCACGUUUUCCUUCGCCCGCACCAUCAUCAUCCGCACUACCUACCCUUCACUAUAUACUCUCUGAUUUGCUACCGCAGUAUCUUACAGUGCCCCUCUCCCUGGAUCUUCUGAACAAGGAAAACUUUAGUCCUGAAAGCAAGGAUGAAGACUUGCACUCAGGCUAUCUGCAGGUCCCGCAUGGGACCACUUUACUUCUAACGGAGAAUAACGUGCAUGAGGGAAAGCUUGUAGAGAAAGGUAUCAUGAACAUCAAGGCUAUCCAGGAAGUUAUGGAUGCUCAGACGCUCGAGUACUCCUUCCCAUUCAGUAAAUUCCCAUUUCCGACGGACAUCGUGACAAUUGUGCUGUGUGAAGGGUGGAAAAGUGCCUUCUUCCAGACGGGAUUCACUGUACCUCUGGAAAUAAAAUCUUCUCUGGAGGCCGAUCUGUAUAAACCGAGAGACCAGAUAAAGUUACCUGAUACCGUAAAGUUGGCGGCAUACCGUUCUUUCCUGGCGGCCGCAAAACAAUGUUAUGGAACUGUUCAAGUCGCAGAGGAGACGUCUCGGCACAUUCAAGAGGACUUUGUGCGUCAUCGCCAAGAAGACCCAUCCAUAACAGCGGACGAUCUCAUUCACUCGAUGAAGGUGGCAAGGAUGCUGGCGGCGUCGAUGCUUGAGCGGGAAGUCACCAUCGACAUAUGGGAAAGAUCGAAGAGGCUUGAUGCUGACCGAAGAAAGAGAUCGCCAUGAUUCAAAUCCUUUUCGUCGAUUGUUCACGGUUACAUCGUCCCCGCCAUACUAGUGCGUUGCCCGCAAACAUAAUUGGCCGCAGAGUAUCCUGUCCGACCUAUAUGGUACAAGCGAGAAUUGA